GAAGAAAUUCAUUUCGAAGUUUUUAGAAACUUUAAUUCAAAACAAAAAAGAGAAUUCAAAGAGGAAAUUGAUUCUAUUAAUUACAGAAGACGUGAAAUGAAGGUCUUUCAAACUACAAAGAAAGUUUACAAGAAGUUGAAGGGUCAUUCAGAUAUUGAUAAGAAUAACUCCGACUCGCAGUUUUUGUUCUCUGAAUAUUAUCAUGUCUUUGGCAAAUCAAAUCCUUUAAACCAACACGAUCGCUUUUGUGUUGACUGUAUCUUGAAACCAAAGAAGAAAAUUCAGUUGAAGCAUGUUAAAAAGGUUGUUGAAGAUGAUCUCGAAGAAGGUGUCCAG